UUUAAUGAGGAUUCCGUGGGGCUUUUGAUCUUUUUCCCCAUUCCUCGUUUCUGUACGACCCUUCGGGAAUCGGCAAUUGAAAUUUCAGUCACCACCUUAUACACAUAAAUGCAUGUGGCAUUUCGCUACAUAUUCGUUUCUCUUAGCACAGCUUGGUGUGAGGAUUGGCCGUGCAAGUCACUUAGGCUUUUGCACUGGAGCCCGUGUGAAAAGAAAACGAGGCUUUGGGCAGGAAUUCGUACGACGUUAAAGUUGCAAAGCCCCAUGUACUGUUUUCCAAGCUCUAUGUCUCAAUUACCGAAAGCCAUUAUCAUAUUACACAGCGCUGAGUCACGAUAAGCUAUAUAUAGCUCGAGGCUUGAGGUGUUGUUUUGGU